GCAAAACAAGCUCCAUCGUCUUCUUCAUAUAUUUGCGUAAAAGCAAAAUCCAAUCCAAACCCUCCCUUCUUCAAUCCAUUAUUUAAAUCUCCAAAAUUCUCCUCAAAUCUCCAAUCGAUGCCGCAAACAAAAUCAAAAUCCAGAACAAGAACAAGAAAAUCGAUUAAAUCCCCAAUUCAAUUAAUGGCCUCCUCCGCCGCACAAAAAACCCUAACCGGCGCCGGAAACCUAAUCCGCCUCCUGCCCACCGGCACCGUGUUCCUGUUCCAAUUCCUGAGCCCGGUCCUGACCAACAGCGGCCACUGCGAGCCGAUCAACAAAUCCCUCUCCGCCGCCCUCAUCGCACUCUGCGGCCUCUCCUGCUUCCUCUCCUCCUUCACCGACUCCUACACCGGCGACGACGGCGCCGUCCACUGCGGCUUCGCGACGCCCACCGGAAUGUGGCCGGCUCCGGACUCGAAGGCGGUGGACUUGUCGCCGUACAAGCUUAGGGCAGGGGAUUUCGUACACGCCACGUUUUCGGCGCUGGUCUUUGGGGCUUUGGUGGUUCUCGACUCCGAUACGGUGCGGUGCUUCUUUCCGAGUUUCGCUGCGGCGGAUAAGAUGCUGGUUCAGGUUCUGCCGCCGGUGGUCGGCGCGGUUUCGAGCGCAGUGUUUGUGAUGUUCCCUAAUACUCGCCAUGGAAUUGGGUAUUAUGAAUCCUCUGCAACUUCCGGCCGGUCUCCGGCGCCGGUUCAAAGAGCGGCCUGAGAUUUUCGUCGGCCGUCUCUCCUCCGCCGUGUUAUGUGCCACUGGGAAGUUCAAAGAAAUGUUUGGAAUUGGACGUCUAAAUUAUAUGUACUUUCAUAAACUCGAGAAAGAAAAAUGUUUAUUUAUGGGAUAUUAAAAAAAAUAAAUUACGGAAUUUUAAUUGGGUUGGUUCUUUA